AUCUUGACACUACCACAUUUGGAUAGAGAUUUGUGAAAGGAUUUUAAUUUCUGAUUUCCUUGGCUGUGCUGUAGUUAUAAGUCUUAUACGUUUUCUUAAUUUGUACCGGUUUAAUAUAUUUUAUAUUUAUUAACUAAUUUAUUUUGAUAUAUAUUUUGAAACAUGAACAAAAGCGUAGAAUUUAAAUUUGAAUUUCAGAAUCCCGAUAAUUCCCCUGUUGAAAGCGUAACUUGCUGUGUUUCCAACGACGGGGUAGUGCAACAAAUUAAAGCACUUGACCCAUAUUGGUUAGAGAAGAGAGAGCUUACACUCUAUGAGAGACCUCCAUCAGGUGAGGAGCUUGUUGUGGGAGCCUUAGAUGCUUGGAAGUCUAAGAUGCAAGUGUACUUAGAAAAUUUAAAGUGGCUAUUAGGAUUAGAACAUCACAGAUUUUGGAGCACAAUUCUGUAUCAUCCGCAAUGUAUGGAUUGUUUAAUAUCAUUCAUCCAAGAAGUCAGCCCUCCCUACUUACCAGCACAUGAGUGUGGCGAUGUGAGAGGGAUAUAUGAAGAGAUCCGCAGGCUGGUGUUGGUUGUGUUCAGUCGACUUAUCACAAAUAAAGAAAGUAAGAAUCAAUGGAUGACGAAGGAAUAUUUAGCUGACAUUAUAUAUAACAAUUUUAUAUUCACGAUACCAGUUUUGUGGGAUCUCUGCCUCGCUUACGGUGUUGACAACGCACGACACAUAUCAAAAAUGGUGGACACAGUGUACACAUUGCAACCCACAUACAACACGGAUACAUUGCUAGCGUUAACAUUUGUUCAGGAGUCUUUCAAGUACAUAAUAAUGCAAGUUAACAAAGACUAUGAGAGCGAGGAACCACCAAAUUUGCCGGAGACGUUUAAGGGUUUCGGAGAAAUUAGACGGCCGUCUGGUAACAGGAGUCAUGACAAACUGACGUUUAACGUGCUGAGGGAUCUGGUGAUCCACAUGUUGGAUACGGCUAUGACCUUGAGGAUAUUUGUAGAAGUAUACCCCAAGGCAGCGGAAUUGAUGAAGAAAACUAAUUUUGUUUUAAGUGUAGUCCAAUUAUAUGAAUACGGUAUACCGCAGCUGUAUGAGGUGCUGUUGGAAGUGGGCGACGAGACGAGCGUCACUUACACCGAAGUAGAAUGCUACAUCGACAUGACGAGGUCUGAGAUCAUAGAUACAUUCAGAGAGAUGCUGGCGGUGUACAAGAACGCCAUAUUUAGCGGAGACGGCAAUAUCUCCAGCAACGUUGAGUCGUAUUUGUCUUUGAUAAUGGAAGCUCUGUCAGAGCGGCUCCUCAUCAAAGACUACCACUCGUGUUACCCACUGCAUGAAGAUAUUGAUAUGUUACGGCAGGCUUACCCUGAUAUAGACUCGGUGAAAACCGACUUCAUACUGCAGGCUAUCUUCUCAAACAUCGACGAUCAAGCCGCAGAUCAUACGAAUCAAGCAGAAACAAACGUCCGCACAGAGUCAGCGAGCGGUCACACAGAGAACGGAGAUGUCAAAGAAGAUAUACCAGAUCAUGUCAAAGAGGAAUCACUGAUAAGCGAAGUGAAGGAUAUUUUACCACAUUUAGGGGACGGAUUUAUAUUGAAAUGCUUGCAACACUACGGGUUCAAUUCCGAGAGAGUUAUUAAUACCGUGCUGGAAGAUAGCCUGGACGAAUCUUUGAGAGGUCUAGACCGAAGUCUCCCAAUAAUUCCAGAGGACGUAUUAGAUCAGAAGUUCUUGGAAACGGGAGUCCAGAGACUGAACGUGUUCGAUGGAGACGAGUUCGACAUCAUGACCAGAGACGAUGUCGACCUCUCGAAGAUUCACAUCGGGAAGAGGAAGGAGAAAUACAAGGACUUGAAGGACAUGUUGGAUGACAAGACGGCCGUCAAGAACAGGAUGGACAUUUACAGCAAAUAUAAUCUGGUGUGCGACGAGUCUGCGAUGUACUCCGACGAGUACGACGACACAUACGACGAGGAGACUCCUGUCACUGCGGCCACCGAACUUGAUGACCGGCGAACUUUUGUUACGCCUAGAGUUUUGAGGGCGAAGGAGGAGGUGUCUACCGAAUCAGAGGAGGAAAUUGAAUCGAACAAUGUUACUGUUGGUGCCAAUACUGGGACUAGUACUAAUCGUAGUAGAAUGGACUUCUGUGUGAAUCCCGAGGAGAUACGGGCGAGAAGGGAGGCAGCGAGGGCGGCGAGGGGGGGCAGGGGCUAUAGUCAUAAAAAUGCUGACGUCACCGGCAAGCCCAAGGGUCAAGGUCAAGAAAAGGAAGUGUUGCUGAAUAGAGAUAGGAAGGAAAAGAAUAAGUCGUCCAAAGGUAACCACGGGAGGAGGCAGGGCGCGCAGUGGAAGAGAUCUCAGGGGAUGAUGCCCUCAUAGAUUAAUAAGUUUACGACUACUUGGCUGAUACAACUUAUUCUACUACUACUACUGUUUGGAAUGUUUAGUUGAAUGUUUGAAGUCAUUCAUCGCUAUGGCUCUGAGUAAAGGUUUAGCAUUUUCUAUGACGUACAUUGGUUUUAACGUCUUGCUUAAAUUUUGUAAUGUUUGUUAAUUUUUAAUAGUAUUGGGUCCGUGAUCCAGAUGAUUGUGUGUUGCCAGAAUGAUUACCUUACCUUAGUAUCAGCAGUGGCGUAACUACAGGGUGGCAAGUCGGCAAAAUGAAUCGGGGGGGGCAUCCGAUGAAUUUUGCCACGAGCCUCGAACAGUGUAGUUACGCCACCAGGGGAGAAUUUAAGGAUAGUUUAAGUGAUUUGAAUAAAGGAAAUAUAAGGAAUUCAUAAAGGAAUUUGGUUCUUUUUUUUGUUAUUUUCAAUAUAAUACAUUACCAUUUAUUAUCUAGUGUUAAAAAUAAUGUUCACUCCUGUAUGGCGUAAGCUGAUGAUGUGAUAAUGAUAUGAUAGUUGUCUCAGUCACGUUGCUCAGUUCUCUUGUGAAUAAUGCUACAUUGUUUUUGAUGACUUCAUUCACUAGACAUUUCAAAUAAAUAUUAAGACGUGAAGUUGUGAAAUAAAAACUACAUUGUAUUUAUGAUAUAUUAAAAUCUAAAGCACUGCUUCUGGUUGUACCUGUUUUUUUUAAGCUCUGUAUUAGUUAUUAUAUAUUUAUAUGGCAUUAAAUAUUUAAUCAUUA